AUGGACCGACCUCCUCUCUCGCCACCUUCUGAGCCAUCCCCGUCUCCAAAAACCACGCCAAUUCCCCUCGACUCGCCUAUGCGCACAACCCCAAUCCACGAGCUCCUUCCAGACAUCUGCCUCCCAAGCGCUCUUCCAACAUACAACUACAAUCCGGUAACCUGCGCUCCUCUAGACACCGACGAUGUACGCGCCCAGCUUGAGGAACUGCGCAAAGAGUUUCCGACACACGAAGCGGCGCUAAAGGCGCAAGAACAGGCCGCGCGCGAGCUGAAGCAAAAAUUGGAGGAUGCGGAGAAGAAGCGCGAGGAGGUGCAGAAGACCAUGGAUAAGAAGAUCAAGGAGCGCAAUACCGAGCUGAAGGUUCUUUCGAAGUACCAGGAUGGAAAGGCUUCAGGCUUGCCAACUUAA